AUUACUUCCUGUAAACAAUCUAAGUGAGUUGCGCCACACUGCUGAAUAACUUCCCGGUGUGUGGAUAUAAUCGUGAUCUUAUUCUGGGUUACUGCAAAAGAUAGCCAUCUGAGGAUACCUGCGGUCAGAGCAAAGACCCAAAAUGUCCAGUGCGUGGAUGUCCAUCCUGCUAGUAGGGAUUCUGUGUGUGUCAGCAAGUUACGCAGCCGGUACUUGGGCUGUGAUCUGUCCAAAGUUCAUCCGUCCUGGCCAAAACUUCAUAUGUACUGUAUCAAUGACAGGGGGGACCAUUACGACCAUGGACGCCUCUCUCGUCAAUGAGAAGGGGCAGGACUUUCCCAACACGAAGAAGACACUCACUAACAUUGGCAAUGGGGUGGCAAAGAAGUUGGAGCUCACUAACGUGCCCACCGAUCUGAGGGUGAAUGAUGUCAAGUUAAAGGUGGAUAUGAUGAUUGAUGGCACCAAUGUGAAGAAUGAGACUGCCCUCGAGAUUGACAGGAAAUCCAUGUCGAUCUUUAUUCAGACUGACAAGGCCAAAUAUAAGCCCCAGGAUACAUUGAAAUUCCGAAUCUUUGCUACCGAUGAAAACUUGAUGCCUGUUCUGAAACCAUUGGAUAUCGUUCUGAAGGACCCAAAGAAUGAUGUGUUCCAGUGGUUGAAUGUCACUGGAAAAGCUGAGAAAAAUGGUGUACUGUCUUUGGAGUAUAUCAUACCAGGGCUAGCUGAGCUAGGCGGUUGGUCAAUCAAUAUCAAGAGUGGCGAUAACAGUAACAGCAAGAAGUUUACUGUAGAGAAAUAUGUCCUUCCUCGAUUUGAAGUCAACAUCAACACAGUGUCUUUGACUUCCGGUCAAACAGCCCGAUCGUUCCUUAUCGAGGGAAGCAAAGAUAAUCCGAUUGAGAUCAGUGCCAAGUACACAUUUGGUGAGAAUGUAAACGGUGUUGCACAUGUAACCAUCAAGCAUGUGUCUACUUACAACUGGGGCCCAAACAAUAAAAUCAAGGAGGACAAGUUUAAAGAGACAUUGUCUGAUGGAAAAGUGGUUCUAAAAGUCGAUGUGGGUACUGGUAUCGUCCACCUGUCUAUCUUCGCAGAGGUGGUAGAGUCCGAUACUGAUGAGAAAUUGAACAACUCAAGGGAGAUAAAAGUCUAUCGGUGGCCCUGUAAGUUAAUGAAGAUGGCAUUGACACCAACUAUUUACGUGCAAGGACUUACCUACAAUGGCUAUUUACAAGUGCAGUCAUCCGAUGGUACAACUUACCCUGACGAUGUCGACAUUACAAUCAACUACAACUCCUGCUCCACGACAUUUUAUGGAUAUAGAAAUUGCCAAUCAUCUAAUAAUACCAAGUAUCAGUUGCCACAGCCGACCAUGGUGAAGGGAGGGGGAGAUGGAAUUGUCCCGUUCAGUUUUGAUACAAAACCUGGAUUUGAUGCAUACAAAGUGACGGCGACAGCUACUUGUACUAAAGAAGAGGUGUCCUACGAACUCAGCAAGUUCGAGACGCAAAACGCAAAACUUGGAUUUUCUCUGAAGCUUGUUUCUGAUUACGAUGAAAUUAAGGUUGGCGUCAGUGCCAGCUUCAAGCUGUGCUCGAAAUCCAAUUUUGAUAAUUUCAACCUGCUGGUCUUGUCCAAGGGUACCAUCGUCUACCAGAAGGACUACCAGAUAGCUUUGAGCACCUGCUACUUGUUUGACGUGUUGAUCACACGGGCCAUGGCUCCAUCCGCAAAGUUUUUCGUAACAUAUGUUGGAGGGAGCGAAAUGAUUGGCGAUUAUCUGGAGUUGACCAUUGAUGGUUCCAUGGAGAAUUCAGUUAGUGUCAAGUUCAACAAGCCCAAGGCUAAGCUCGGUGAGGAAGUCUCCGUAAAUGUGAAUGCUGCCCCGAAGUCGCAUGUUGGCCUCCUCUGCGUUGAUAAGAGCGUUCUCCUCCUGGCAACUGGUAAUGACAUCACUCAGGACGAUGCAAUUGAAGAACAAAGGUCAUAUGGAAAAAAGAUAGGCAAUAGUGUCAAUGAUGAAAUCAUUCCAUUCUUCUUGUGGCGCUGUGGGCCCAUUUCAUCCAGGUCUGGGAACAUGCACAAGAUGAUUAAGGAUUUGAAUCUUGUAGUCAUUACUGCGGCCCACAUUGAAGGAUUCCGCCAUCCAUUCAACGGGGGAGGAUUUUGGCCACUUGCAAUGAUGCCGCGUAGGCCUGUCUUGAGGAAAAUGUCUAUUCCCAGUGGAAAGCCUCAAGCCAGUUCUCCAGCAACAAAGAUAAAACCACGCGUUGAAUUCCCCGAAACGUGGAUUUGGGCUGAUACCUUGGCUAGCUCCAAUGGUAAUGCUGUAUUCCCGGCUAAAGUGCCCGACACCAUCACCACAUGGGUAUGCUCUGCCUUCGCCCUCCACAAGACCAAGGGGCUUGGCAUUGCCCCCAAACCAGCUGAGCUCAUUGCCAAGAAAGACUUCUUUGUGCAACUUUUGAUGCCAUACUCGAUCAAGAAUGAGGAGUCGUUCAUACUCAAGGUUCUGGUACAUCGGUACACUCCUGAUGCACUGGAUAACGUACAAGUGACUUUAUUGGCAUCCACCAAGUUUGAAACCAGCAAUGUAUUUGCCGCAAAUGCAGUGUUCAAGACGAAUCAGCCACAGACCAAAUACAUUGAGAAGAUGAAGGAUUCGACCGAGAUGGUUGCGUUCCAUAUUCGCGUCCCUCGAGUAGGUACGGUAAAGAUUCAAGUGGAGGCCAAAGACAAAGCAGUAACGGUAUCUGACGCAAUUGAGAGGGACCUGAGGGUUGAACCGACGGGAGUUCAGCGUACUGUACCGAUCACGUUCUUGCUCAGCCUCAAUAGCAGUCAUUCUGUAUUGACGAAGGAAGUCCCGAUUAGAUUACCCAGCAGUGGUGUUGUCUCUGGUUCUGAGAAGAUUGAGGUUGCAGCGAUAGGUGACAUCAUGGGACCGUCUCUGAAGAACAUGGAGGGAAUGAUAAAGAUGCCGUAUGGCUGUGGCGAACAGAACAUGAUCAAUUUCGCACCGGCGAUGUUCAUCUACAGAUACCUUAAUGCGACUGAUAGCCUGACCCCAGAGACAAAUGACAAAGCAAUGAAGGUCAUGGAAAGGGGGUACACGAGGGAGUUAACCUUCUUCCAUACCUGCUGUGAUAUAGGAAGCGUGAGUGCUUUCGGCGAUCACUGUUUUGGUUCCUUUCCUUCCUGCAGUGGCCAGGAGGGCAGCACUUGGCUAACAGCUUUUGUGAUGAAGAGUUUCGGCCAGGCAGCGAAGUACAUUACAAUCAGUGAGACUGGUAUCUACAAGGGUGUUGAUUGGUUACUGAGCUUACAGGAGCCAAAUGGAAGUUUUCGCCUACGUGGCCGUGUCAUUCAUAACGACUUUCAGGGUGGGUCGGCAAAAGGCAUUGCCCUGGAUGCCUAUGUGCUCAUCUCGAUGAUGGAGUACCCUGAAGGCUUCAAGGACAGGCAACAGAUUGUGAAGACCAAACUGGCAACAACUGCUACCCAUUUGGAAAAGUACGCAAGGGACUUGAUGAAUAAACUUGUCAACAAGAAACCCACGGACAAGGAACUGUAUGACUUGACUAUCAUCGCAUAUGCCAUAGCUCUGAUGGACAACCCGUAUGCUGAUACUCUCUUGACUAAAUUGGAUGCACUGGCUUCAGUUUCGGAUGGUGAGAAAUACUGGAAAAUGAGUUCCCCGGCCAAGUGUGAUUCUCCAUAUCGAUGUUAUGAUGUGAAGCCUAAUCCAUCUGAGGUCGAGAUUGCCUCAUAUGCCCUCCUAGCCUAUCUGAAGCGUAACAAAUGUUCCCAGAAUGCUGGUUGCUCCUACAUUUCCAAGUGGAUGGCAAAAAAACGUGGAGCCAAAGGGGGAUUCUGCUCGACUAAGGACACAGUACUUGGUAUUCAGGCCAUCUCGGCAUUUGCUCAGCAACAAAGUCUGGCUCCUCCCAACUUCUCGGCUGAUUUCACCUACGCUAGCCAGUCGGCUAUAUUCGGAGUGGGGAAGUUAAACGACAAGAUCUUUCAGGAGAAAGAGUUUAACUACCAACCAAAACAGUCUGUGAAUAUCCGCGUGAACGGUUCCGGUAGUGGCCUCGCCCUGGUCAACUACAUAUACAAUGAGGUGACCAUCACCAAGUACACGGACAAGCUUGACAUUGAUAAGGACGUCUCGUGUUCCAAGCUGGGCACUGGCGAACAAGUGUGCACCAUCAAACUUUGCAUCAGCCAACAAAGUGAUGUGAUCAAAGGCAUGUCGCUCGUAGAAUCAAGCUGUCUGUCGGGAUUUGAGCCGUACGGAGAAGUCAAAUGCGACGGAUGCUCUAGCAUGAAGCUCAACAAAUAUGAAGUCGAUGAAGCCAAGUUUGUUGCCUAUCUGAAUUUUGUGUCCAGCAACAAGCAGUGUCUCAUAAUGACAUGCAUACAGAAACAGGUUGUCACAUAUUUCCAACCAGCUGUCAUCACGUUUGCUGAUUACUAUUCCACUGAUGUGCGCACAGAAGUGAUGUACAGCGCUCCGCAGUCAUUGAUGGAUCAAAACGCGUGCAAGGAAUGUGGCGUUGCUUGUGGGUGCGUUAAAGGACCGCUGGAAGGCAAUUCGGCUGCUUGGACGACUCCAAUGAUUUUCCUCACUACUUGCAUGCUCGUGCUCGCCAGGAUGAUGAUCUGAGCAGGCUGCAGCACCGAUAGGGUGUGAUGGAAUGGACUAAUAAACUUUGCAUAAUCACAAACAUGAUGGCCGAUCCUUUACAUUGUAUUUGAGUUGUCGAAAUUCUGGAUUAAAAUCUGAAUGCUUUUCAAGAUUUUAUAUAAACUACUCCAUUUUGUAUCACUUAACCAACCGCCCAAGAGGGAAUCACUGCUCCUAAAUAAAAUUUGAGAUUUGUUUGACCUGUGAUAGAGUGAGAUCUGGAACUUUGUGAAUCGGUUUUUACGUAUUCCGUCACAAAUACAGAAGACUUCUGUCCUUAAGCGUAAAUUUUCCGAGUUAAAUAUUUAUUAUUCAGGUGUGAAUAUUUUUUUCAAACUUCGCUUUUCCUAGCCUGUAUUUGUAUUGAUUGUCUCACCAUCACUUGGGUUAAGCUAAAAUGUUGUCCAAAACCUUGGCUCCGCCUCAGUUUUGGUCAACAUUUUAGCUCCACCCAAGUGAUGGUUUUGGUGAGAAAAUCAAUUAGUUAGGCAACCAAUACCUCCAGUUCGGUAUCAAUUCCUUAAUUAUGAAAUGUAUUGUACAUACUGCACCCAUAGCCUGUGCUUUUAAAAUGACCUUGUAAUGGUUGUUAGCCUAAUUCUUAGUAUCAUGUAGCUGUUUUUUAUCAUGUAGCUGUCUGUUUUCAUGUAGCUGUCUGUUAUUAUGAAGGUGACUGUUGCCAAGCAUGCCAAGUAUAGAUUUACUAAUUUGUUAGAAUCAUGGAACUGUCUGUUACCAUCACAAAGAACUGGCACUGGGACUUCUGACAAAUUUAGGCAGAGGCCUUUAAAAACACCUCUGAGGUUUCCUUAAAUCUAAAUUGCCCUCGCUACUAACCAUUUGGCAUUUGCAAUGGUUGGUAUUAAGGCAAGACCAGUGCAAACAAAAUGAUACCUUUCUCAACUUCAUAUUUGCUAUAAAAAGUGAGCUACUCUGAUUUUUGUAAAAGGGAAAAAUUAUGUAAAUCUAUGUAAGUCUAUUUUACUGGUACUUGAAUGUGAUUUUGUGUUAGAUUCAAGAUGGGUAGUGCCCCAUUCUUUGAUAAUGCCCUUUCAUUGUAGGAUUAGCACUUAUUUAAUGGGUUGACAAAAGACAGUUAAAACCACUUCACAUAGGCAACUGUAUAAAUCAUUUCUGCACAUCAUUUCACUACCAUCAUAAAAUCAAUGAUGGGAGAUUUGAAAUAAAAAGUGAUUUCUACAUGAAAGUCAUCAUAAAAUCAACCGUAUGGCCCAUCCAUGAUUCUAUAAUGGAAUAGCUUGAUGUGAUGCCCAUUUGAAGUGAGCUUUGUGUCAAGACACGUCAGGCUUUUAGAAGGACGAAAAUGAUGGAAGUGUGUGCAAGUUUUCUUGAAAUUUUAUAAACAUUUGUUUACAAAGUUAUGAUUUAUUUUAAAACAAAGUUGUGAUGGACAUUGAAACAAACACUUCGAAUCAGAUAUGUAUAAUGCAGUGCACCAUGUCUAAUUUGUCAAAAUACUUGUUGCUUUAUAUUUUUUUAACUAUCAGGUAAGUCAAGUGCCUGACUGGGCAUCAAUUGUAACCUAAUGUUCUCUAAUUCAGUUAAGCCCAGUAAACUUAAUGUCAGGUUAAUUGAAGCAUCAGGUUCGUGACAGCUAUUUUAAACUAUUGGGCCCUGAUUAUAUUUCUACAUUUUCUGUAAUAUUUUGAUGCAAUAAACACCAUUUUCACUAA